UUUGUUAUCAUUCGAUUUUACAUCUAAACCUCGGUUUAAAAACGUUUUCCUAAAAUCGAGGUUCUUCUGUAAAAUUCAAAUUGUCAGACAGAUAUAAAAUAUCAAACUCGCUUCACCUCGAUUAUUGCUAACUGUUUUAUCAAAACAACAAUAAAUUUGUCUUAAAAUUAACUGCGCUUAAAUUAUCUUUGAAAUGGCUUUACGUGCUGAAUUUGAAAAUUCCAGUGACAUUGGUGUAUUUGCCAAACUAACAAACACUUAUUGCUUAACUGCAAUCGGAGGAUCCGAAGCAUUUUACAGUGUUUUUGAGGGAGAACUUUCAGAAACAAUACCAGUCAUCCAUGCAAGUAUAGCUGGAUGUCGAAUCAUAGGUAGAUUAACAGUAGGAAACAGAAAAGGUCUCUUGGUGCCGCAUUCAACUACAGAUUUGGAACUUCAACACUUGCGAAACGCGCUUCCAGACUCAGUAAAGAUUCAACGAGUGGAAGAGAGAUUAUCAGCGCUUGGUAAUGUUAUUGCAUGUAAUGAUUAUGUCUCGUUGAUUCACCCCGACAUAGAUAGAGAAACAGAAGAAAUUAUCACGGAUGUGUUGGGAGUGGAAGUCUUUCGCCAGACAAUAUCAGGGAACAGCCUUGUUGGUGCUUACUCAGUUUUAAACAAUCAAGGAGGAAUUAUACAUCCGAAAACCAGUGCUCAAGAGCUUGAUGAGUUAUCUUCAUUACUUCAAGUUCCUCUUGUUGCUGGCACAGUAAAUCGUGGAAGUGAACUUCUUGCUGCGGGAAUCGUUGCCAAUGAUUGGACAGCUUUUUGUGGCAUCACAACAACAUCAACCGAACUAUCAGUGAUUGAAAGCGUUUUCAAAUUAAAUGAAAGUCAGCCAUCGAAAAUCACAUCCAAUCUCAGAGCUUCACUUAUCGAAGCAAUGUCCUAAAUUAAUUUUCAUUUCCAAAAGUAUCUUCAUCUUUCCUUAUCUAGUUUUCUGACCUUGUCAGUCUGGAAUAAUUUUAUCUAAUGAUGAUGAACCUUUAUCUGAAUUUGUGCACAUUAAAAUUAUAAUAAAUAAAAAGUAAUGAUGAAUAAGAUAAGAAA